CCCCGCCCCGAGGGCUCCUAUUUCUCAGGGCUCUCCAAGGUGGAGCAUCUGUCCCCUGCUGUCCCCGUGGCUCCCAGCCUGCCGAGCCCUGGGGUGCUGACCCCUGGCAGGGACGGUCCCGGUCCCCGGAAGAUCCGGUGCAAGCUGCAGCACACCCUGGUCCUGGAGCUGGUGAGAUGGGAGGGCUGGGGGGGCUCUGAAGGGUCUGGGGCUGGGGGCUGACCCUGUUCCCUGUCCCCAGGAUGGGAUCCUGCUCUACUCCUCCCUCCUCGCCCGUGGGCAGCAGGAUGCCACGGCCACCUUCACCAUGGGCUUCCAGGCGAGCUCCUACAAGGUCCACGUGAAGCUGCGUCCACACGUGCAGGAGUUCUUGGAGACCCUUUCCAAGAUCUAUGAGAUCUUCAUCUACACCACUGCCAAGAAGGACUAUGCCAAGAAGCUCCUGGAGGUGCUGGACCCCAAGAAGAAGCUGAUCAGGCACUGCCUCUCCCAGUCGGACUGUGUCUGCUCCCAGGGCUGCUACUGGAAGGAUCUGACCCGCCUGGGCAGGGACCUGGCCAAGACAGUGGCCCUGGACCACACCAUGCAGGGUUUUCCUGCCCAGGCUGCCAACUGGAUCUCGGUGCCGGCGUGGUCUGGGGACCCUGAGGAUGAGGAGCUGCUGCGCCUCAUCCCAGCGCUGAGCCAGCUGGGCCAGGAGGAGGACGUGCGUCCCGAGAUCCAGCGGCAAUUCCAGCCCUGCCAGCUGCCCACUGAGGGUUAGGCCAGCCUGGAGGAGCAGGAAGGGGAAAAAUCUCUGGGAGAGGAAUGGGGAAGCUGGGGGGGCAUCCAGUGCCUCAUCCUACAACACUGGACUGGUUGAUGGUCCCAGGAAUCUCCCUCGGUGUUUUCAGGGCUCCCAGCUCAUCCCUGGGGGUGCCCCCAAGGAGAGCCCCUGCCUUUGGAGACAAAGCUCCAUCCCCUCUCCCUGCUCUGUAAGGUCCAGCCAAGGUUUUCACGGGUCAUUAUAAGCUUGGAGAAAAGUCUGGCUCUGCCUUAAUUCCCAAAACUCUUCAGCUGAGCAAACACACUGUGCUGGGGGUGGCACGGC